AAAUGAUCCAUUUGGGUUCACUGUCUUGCACUUUCAGUUCCCUCUUCAUUCCUCCAUGCAGAGCCCUUCUGUCUGUUUCCUUUUCUGGUUCUUCUUCCUUUUUGCUGCAACUUUCUGCCAUGGCAGCGACUUGACAACCGUUGAGGUUGUCGGGGUCGGAGAAUGUGCAGACUGCCACAAGAACAACAUUAAAACCACUCAUGCCUUCACAGGGCUUCGUGUCAGCGUCGACUGCAAGCUGAAGGAUGGAAGCUUUGAAAGAAAAGGGUUUGCAGAGCUUAAUGAAGAAGGGAAGUUCAAAGUGUUGCUUCCAAUGGAGGCUUUGAAAGAUGGAAAGUUGAAGGGUAAGUGCUUUGCUCAGCUUCAUAGUGCUUCUUCUACUCCUUGUUCAUCUCCUGAUGGCUUGGAAUCCUCCAUGAUUGUGUUGAAAUCCAAUGGUAAUGGAAAACAUACAUUUGGUUUGUCUGGUGCGCUUAAGUUUGAAAGUGGAACUUGUGUUUCUGCCUUCUUUUGGCAUUAUCAUCAUCCUCCUUUGCCUCCUAUUGUCUUCCCUCCUCAUCCUCCAUUGUUUGGUCAUCCAUAUUUCCCUCCUUACCAUCACAAAUUCUUCCCUCCACCCACCCCGGAAGAGCCACCCGUCCCCGAAAAGCCUCCACCGGUUUAUGAGCCUCCCCCAGUUCCCGAAAACCCUCCUCCGGUCAAUGAGAAGCCUCCUCCGGUCUACGAAAAGCCUCCUCCAGUCUACGAAAAGCCACCACCGGUUUACAAGCCAAAACCGAAAAAGCCAAAAAAGCCGAAACCACCAGUCUACGAGCCAAAACCUCCAGUCAACGAGCCAAAACCACCAAAACCACCAAAGCCACCGGUCAAUGAGCCAAAACCACCAAAGCCACCGGUCAAUGAGCCAAAACCACCAAAACCGCCCGUUUACGUGCCAAAACCACCAACACCAGUCUACAAGCAUCCAUUUUACAAGAUUCUUCCUCCAAUUUCAAAGCUUCCUCCAUGUUCACCAGUUCCUAAGGUCAUCCCUGUUAUCCCUCCAAAGUACUUAUCCCACCCCAAGUUCGGCAAGAAGUUUCCUCCUCUUCAUCCUCCUGUUCCACACCCUUAGGACAAAUAUAUCUGCAAGAAUUAGUUCAUGAGUGCUAUAUAUAAGUUCAUAUAUAUGUUUGAAUUGGCUGCCAUUUCAUAUAUAAGUUCAUAUAUAUGUUUGAAUUGGUGUCAUAUUUUAUAUAUUAGCUUCAAACUUCGUUGUUGAUGUAAUAAAGUCUUCAAGUGGAUAUCACAAGAAGAAACAAAUUUAGAGGGAAAGAGAGAGUAUAUUGUGGAGUUUGUGUUUAUAAUUUGUUUUGUGUUGUAAAAAUGACAUCAAAUUGGUUGGUUGUGGUCUUUGAUCCAUGUAUUCAAUAUAAAGCUACGAGAUCGAAGUAUUCGAAUA